GAGCCGCGAAGGGGGUUCGAGGAUGAGAGCUGAGAAAUGGCUCAACACCUUUGUCCGCUUCAUUGUCUUGCUAGAGAGGGCGGGUAACGGAAUCGGCACCCUAGCAUUCAUCUGGGCGACGGUGGUCGUGCUCGGCGGCUUCUCAACCUACCUGGGCGCUGAUUUCUGGGUCGCCACUUUGAUAGUCUUCCUCGAGGGUUUCAGUCAAGGACAACUUCCAUGCUACAUUAUUCCUUUUCCACGAUGGAUGCACAUAUCAUCAUACCUCUCAACGGCUUUGCAAUGGUUAGAAGAAGACUUGUGUGCAUCCGAAAGCGCGGGUGGAAGUACUUCUCCGAAUAGGUUGGCUUUGGAUCAAAGUAGUCUCUCAUGA